GCGGAUUUCUCUGCCACGUAUCCCGAAUCACGCAUGCGUCUCCCCAAUUACUUCCGGAAACAUUUCGUGUCCAUAAAAGCAUUGUUCAAUGUGACGCAAAAAUUAUGAAGUCAGAUUCUAAAAAAUGAUUAUAAAACCCCCACUUAGUAAAGGUUCUAAUACUGCAGUAAUUAUUUUUACGUGUUUAUUUUAUGAUAUUUAAUCACUACUACAACGCUUUAUUGCUAGCAUAAAUAUAAGGUAUGGCUGACGGGAAUCAUCCACCGCCUCUAUUCCCCUCCUCUAACUUGAUGCAAUCAGAAUCACAAAACCAACCCCAGUUUUACUCACCUUCAAGUAACAAUAAUAUGACAACGACCCAGUCAGGUAAAGUGUGUAUAUUUUAAUAAAAUUAGACAGACCAUUGUGAGUGAUAUUGUUUAUCUAGGCUAAUUAAUGAAAAUAUUUAAUUUCUCCAAUAUUUAAGAAUUCUACUCCACUGACCACUGUGAUGACUGUCAACUGAAACUGUGACUGAGAAUUCACUGAGAUCUAUUUUCUUUAAAAAUUUAUGAUGAGAUGAAUUGAAUUAUCAUAAAUAAUAAUAAUAUAAUAGACCAGGGGUCAUCUAACUAUGGUCGGCAGGCUUAGAUUUAAAUUAAACGAAGUGUCUACACUACGUCCGGUGCGCCGGACAAAUAGUGCGCAAGAUAUAUGUCCGGCGGCAUGUCACGUGACCGCCAGACGGCUAGUAGUUUUUAUAAUUCCGAACAAAGUGCACUUUGGUAGAUCUUGUGUGGUCUACUAUCUAGUGGUAGAGUGGCCGCUAGACGUUAUUAUGGUUUGCCUUGUAAAAGUUAUGUGUUGGGGUGGGUGAAUAUACAUUGCUAUUCUUUAUUUCAUAAAUGUAUUUUAUUUUAAUGUCAUGAUUAUGUCUCUUUUGAUAAAAUUUUUAUGUACAGCGCGGUGAGCCCAGCUCUAGGCUGGGGUACCACACUAUAUAAGACGUCUUAUUAUUAUGAUUUGAGGAUCAAUACCGGGGAUAGGAUCGUAUUUUUUGCCCCCAUUUUAAUUACAAAUAUUUUAUACUAUAUUUAUAUUAUCAUGUUCAUCAGCAACAGUAGUUUCAUGAGAAGUUUUUAAAUAUAUUGUAGCAAUUUAAACAAUUUAAAAUGAAAUCUUUUACUUUUAUUAGUUGCCUACUCCACACUGGCCCCAAAUUUAUUUUAUGGAUUACUGGUACACAAACUCAAAUAACAAACUAAACAAAAAUGUUUACAAGCCACAAGUUUUUUUCUAUUAUUUGCAUUCAAGAUACUCAGUACAUUACUUGGUAGAGAAAUAGAUUUUAAAAUUAACAAUAGUUUUGAAUCAUUCGCAGUCACGUGACAAGGCUGACCGACAAGAUAUCUCUCGCCACUUUGUUACGGCAGUCAUGCGACUUGGUCAUCGGACAAAUAGUGUGGGAGAUAUACGUCCGGGGCGCGCCGGACGUGUAGACACUGCCUAAAUUAAAAGUUCCCGGAUAGCAGGGACAAAAAUAUGAUUAAUAAUAUGAUAUUAUAUGGAACUGAACAUUGACAGUAAAUGACUCAGUAAUUGAUUGAAUCAAUGAUGAUUAUCUCAUUAGAAGGGUAAUCCACCACUUGAGCGUCGGCCAAGAAAAAAUCCAGUUGUUCCGGCAGGAGGGGCUAUUAAAACAACUAUUAUCAACUAUUCUUAUAUUGGAGUUUGUUAAUAUUUUUGCUUCCAUGUAGAGGCUAUAAAGUUAUAUAGCACAAUACUAAUACAUUUAAAUAAUUAUUACUGCCAAGCUACCGAUUUGCCAGGAAGAAAAGGAGACUACAAUUAUUUUUUUUGAUCCAGAUGACGCGGAUGUCCACAUACAGAAUGUGGAAAACGUGAAUGCCCAAAAAGCGUAAACUGAAAAGACAGUUUGGCACAAGAAGCGCCGGUGAUCUUUCCCCUUCAUAUUUAUGUGGAUUCAUGUACCACAACCGUUUUCGUGGAAAUUAUAUUUUUUAAAACUUCAUUGUCAACUUGGGGAGAACUAUGCAUAAUUCCAUUUUCACACUUUAUCUUCUAUUUCAAAAAAAAAUUGUUAUAGUUUUUCUAUUUUAAAAAAAAUUAUCUAUUAUUAUGGGAAUGAAUACGUACAACCAAUGUCAUUAAAAAUAAUAUAAGAGUAAUUGUUUAAAUAGUCCUUCCAACCGGAACAGCUGGAUUUUUUCUUGGCCGACGCUCAAGUGGUAGAUUACCAUUAGAAUUUUAAUCAGACAAAAGCAGGCUAAUAAUUUUAAUUUAAAUACUAUUGGAUUUUUGAUGGAUAUAUUUUUUUAAUUUAUUUUAAAUAUGUUAUUCAAUUAUAAUUCAAUGUUAUUGUUUUUUCAAGUUUGUUUGUUUUUCAUUUCAAAUGAGAUAUUAAUGUGUGCAUAGAACUCAUUCAUCUUUUUUCAACUGUAGUCUUGCCCCUGACAGUGUCUGAAGACUGAUGGACAUUGAUCUUACUCCUUAUUUUAAAAAGUUAGAGAAAUCCUCCCCUAGACCUAGACCUAAUAAUUAAUUAUUGAAAAUACCAAGAUAACGUCAACACAAUAUAAGUAAUCAGCUAGGAGGCUAUUAUAUUCUAGACAUUGGACUGAUUUGUUAUUGAAUUUAUCAUCAUAUAUGUACCCUAUAUAAUAUAUUUAAGCAUUGCCAUUAGUCAUUAAUAAUAAUUAGGCUAGACCUAGUGUCCUUUAAUAUUGAUACAUUAGUUUUAGUAUUAAUAAAAAGAAAAGUUUCAAAUUGAAUCAUUGCGUUGAGAGAUUUCAGGAUUGUCAUCAUUAUCAUUUUCCCCCUCCUUACCUCGGGAUAAGUCAAUAUAUUUAGCCUAGUUUUAGUUGUACAAAAUGGAGUUCUAGUAGAGCAAGGCCCAACUGCCAACUAGGCUUACAACUUGCAUAUAAUAUACAUUAUAAUAUAUAUUAUUAGGCUUUAUAGCUAGAGUCCUAAUACAAAUCUCAUAUUUUAAUAUAUUUUGCUUCUUUUCUGGCUUAAGUUAAAAACUGCUAAGUUAGAACUAGUUAUUGUCAUUGCAUUAAAAUAGUAAGCCAAUUUUAUUGUUUAAAGUUGAAGAGUAGGCAGUCCCCUAGAAAUAGUAGGCAUAUGUCAGAGACCUUGGCUUUUAUAUUGACAGUAAACUUAGUAUGAUUCCCCAUAUCAGUUCUGUUGUCGAGGCAUGCUUCUGUCAUCUGCGUGCCCUGGGUCAGCUGCGUCCUCAAAUCAAUAGGAGAACAGCCUAUGCUGUAGCAGUAACUCUAAUCCAGUCAAGAUUAGAUUACUGUAAUAGUUGUUUGUGGGGUUUACCUCAGAACCAAAUUCAGAGACUUCAAAGAUACAAAAUACUGCAGCACGCAUUGUAUCGCGGAUGAAAAAAUCUGACCACAUCACCCCAGUUCUACAAGAUCUUCAUUGGGUUCCUGGGAGUGAGCGCAUUAACUGCAAAAUUCUGUCCCUGGCGUACAACUGCAUAGAUGGCUCAGCACCGGAAUAUCUCAAGGAACUGAUUUAUAAACAUAUAUCCUUGAAGAGCCUGCAGUCUUCAUCACAGUUCUUGCUGAGUGUUCCUAGUGUGGAUAAACACAGAAAAAAAGUGUGCUCUUUUGAAGCGAUAGCGCCAAAAUUAUGGAACAGUUUGCCUCAAUAUUUGAGGGGAAUAGUAAAUGAUAAAAAAUCAUUUAAGAAACAAUUAUAACAUUUUAAAAAAAAUAGAUUUCGGAGGACCAGAGCACAGUGAGCAUGCUAAAAUGGCAUGGAUACCGGCACGAUAUAAAUAUCAAAAUCAAUCAAAAUCAUAUUUCAUUGUUUGAAGUGUAAAUAAUCAAUUAUUGAAACAAGGACAAAAAUAGCAUUCAUUGUUAAAGUUAAUUUUAAGUCUAGAUCCCUUCAGUUCUAUGUAAGUUCCAAAUCCGUGUAUUAUAAAUUUAAAUUAUUAGGAUCUUUUACUGUAGGUCUAGAGCUUCAACUUCAAUAUUUAUUCAUAUUUUCCUAGUGAGAAACUUAAACUCAUUGGGCCUAAUAUUUUCUAAAUGUACAUUUAUAUGCCCAAACUGUAACUUCAGGAUAUAUAAAGGCUUAAGAACAAUGGGGAUUUGUCCAACCAACAGGAAUAUAGAUUAGAAUUAGAAAUAGGUUUGGCUUUUUUGUAAUAAUAUUUUACUUGCCGUACAUCUUGUAGCAUAGGCCGUGUAAAUAUUUGAUUUUCAGUUUUAAAUAUCUAUCAAUAAAGUAAAAAUAUUUUUAUACAUCUUUUCCAGCUCAAGUUAAACCUCCAGCGCUAUCACCAAAUGGGCCAUUUUCACCAUAUCAGCCUGGGUCUACUGAUGGUAAUCACAUCACAUUAGGUGGACCAUCAGUACCACCAAACACUGUUAAUGGAUUGAAUACUUCCAGUCAACAGCAAAUGAGGCCCUCAUUGAUGGCCUCCGGGUUUCCACCUCCUCCAGGAUCAAACAAUUUCAAUCAACCUCCAAUGAGCAAUAUACCAAUUAGGCCUGGUGGACCAUAUCCCCCUCAUCCCAAUUUCACACCAUUAGCUGGUCCUCAGAUGAAUGGACCUGGUAAUGUGGCCUCAAGACCACCUUUUCCAACACCGCCAUUAGGAUCACAAACACCUGGCUUUCAAGGACCUACACCACCAUAUGGAAAUAGGACUCCUUUACAACCAGGUGGUGCUAUGCGACCACCACCACCCUCAUUAAGUGGCCCUGGACAAGCGCCUCCAACCAUGGGUUUUCAAGCAAUGUCUGGUGAUACAGCACAGAGUGAGAAUAUCUUUUGUAUCUGUCCUUGUUAAUCAAAAUAAGUAUUCACAGUAGACAGUUUGUUUGAUUGCAGGUAUUGGGUGCAGUGCAACACAAUUUUAUAUAAAUAAAAAAAUCAGUAUGAAAUGCACCAGGUCAUUAAUUAUUUUAGAAACACAUACCACAUUGUUGACUUAGGAAAGCAUUCCUCAUUGAAAAUUCAAAUUAUAAUAUGAAAACAUUACUUUUUAAAAAAACAAUUAAUGGAAAUGAAUUUAAGCUCAAAGAAUAAAAAUGCCAUAAUUAUAAUUAACCCAACUUAAAAUACUGAGUUUUUGUGUGUUCAUAACUUGCUAUGAUCAGCUUGUCUUUCUUUUUUUUUCCAUUAGCAACAUAACUGCUUUAUUUAUUCCACAUUAUAAUUAUGGUGAAAAAAUGUUUUAUGAUUUUGGUUUCAUUUACAAUAAUUUUAAUUCAGUAAUUAUUAAUGAAACUGUAAGUCAACAUAAUUUUUAGACCUUAGUUAUGAUAUAACAAAAGGUUUUGUGUUAGGAGAGUAAUUUUAAUUUAACAAGUAUUGUGCUUUCAAGCUCUGCAUGCUUUUCGUUUCAAGGAUAAAAAUAAAACAGACCCCCAUUUGGUGAAUGCAUGAAUCUUUUUUUUUUUUAAACCUAACCAAAGUAAUAAAAAGAUAAUUGGCAAUAAUAUUAUAGUUGAUUGUUUUCAUUAUGCUUAUAAAUGUUGUGGUAGUUUUGCCCCGCCUCACUGCUAAUUUGUUAUUAGGUCAAUCGAGUAAAUUACGUUUUUUUAAAACAAAUUUUGCAACAUAUCACAUCCUUGAAAUCGAAUGUAAUAUUCUGGACAAAAUAGGAAUUACCUUUUUUUAACUGUGAAAUUAUUUUGCACGUCUCUGGGCCUGGAUCUUAUUUAUUUAACAACUCAGCUUUUAAGCAUUUCUAUUUAAUGUGUCAAUUAGUUACCCUAUCUGUGUUUAGUGGAAACAAAUAUUCAGGGUUACUUAGAGAAUUGAUCCUAGUGUUUUUAUCUUAUAGCAUUUAAAAACUAUUUGUUACAUACUUAAAACACUGUUGGUCUUAGAUAUUUUAAACAUGACUUAUAAAAAAAUUUGUAUGUAAAGUUAUUGCUAACAUUAUGUAUUUUUGGUUGAAUUUGCAAAUUGAUACACAAGAAGAAAAAAAAGCUUUCAGCAAUAAUUAAACUGAGUCUGGGAUUAACAUUGUUCUAGAAUGUAUUAGGAGCUGAAGAGUGAUAGAACAUUAAUAUUCCACACAGGUCGGCCUAAUGAACUUCCAGUACCAUUUCAUGGACAGGGACAAUAUUCUCACCAGGUUAACCCUCACAUGCAAAAAACCCCCACUCCAACUCCCAGUAACUCAGGUAAUUGAGUUCGUCAUCUUUGGUAGCUGUCCAUAUUUUUAUUUAUUUUAGUUUUCAAUAAGUUAGCCAAAUUGCAUUUCAGUUAAAUUUAUUUGUGUUAUUACAGUGUAAGUGAAUACAUAAAAACAAAAAUAUAGCAACAAUUGAUACGAAAGCCUAACAUGCAUGGUUCAGUUGUUUUAAAUUAAUUUAAUGCACUUGAUUUGUUUCUUAUCUCUUUAAACUUAAUGCUAUAUAACAGGUGUGGCUAGCUGGGUCAUUAUUGGGAACUGCAUAAAAAAACAAAUAAGCGCUCAAGGAGUAGGCAAUAUUGCUUAUGCAUAAUACUUACUCUGUCCCUUCACAACUGUCGUUGAUUAUAGUUGUGUCUCUGACAUUGAAAGAUAUCAAAUUUUCAGAGAUUUCAUUUAUCCAAAAAAUGUUAUCUAUAUUUUCCAAUAGUGCAGUUUGGCCACUCCUGCUAUAUAAAUUGCAAAUUCUUUAACAGCAUUCCUUAGCUUCGAAUCUUUAUUUUGAAGUUCUUAUAAUUCUUAGUCUUAAUUGUUGUACUUCUUCAUAUUUUUGUCUUUCACCCAGCAGUAUAGCAUACCUUAGGGAAUUUAUAGAAUCUUUGCAAUAUUUUUAAAGAGAACAAUGGUCCAUUGCUAUGCGCUAUAUCUUUUAAAAACAACACCUUCUCUUGCUUGCUUUAUUUUUGUGUGUUGCUUUUGACAUGUUUUGUAAACGUGUUUUCUUUUAAAAAAGAAAUCAUUUUAAAAGAGAUUGUUUAAAUAAUCUUUAAUCAUAAAUUAGAACCUCCAUCAGAAAGAUCAUCACGUGGACCAUCACCAGUGUCUGGCUCAACAAUGGAUGCAUUAGAGGGACAGUUUUCACCAGGACAUGGUAAUUGUACUUUUUUUGUGUGUGGGUGUCAUUAAAUGUUACCUCAAAAUUAAGAAGGCAGUCCUAUUGUUGAUGUUCAUUGAACAAGGCUAUUCCUUAACACUGUAUAUUUAACAAUCUCUUCUUAGGUUCAGCAUCACCAGCCUUACAAGGAAACAGAGCUAGUCCUGUUCAAAGUCUGACUCCUGGUACCCCUCCAAAGAUGUCUGGAGGCUAUUCAUCAACAAUGCAAAAUCAACAGUUUCCCCCUCGACCUGGUUUACCACCUAGUCAUCCCUGGCCAGGCUCACAGCAGCAACAAACUCAAUAUCAAUCACAACCACGACCCCCAACCUCUCAGGGGUUCCCCCCUCUACCAAGUCAGGCUACAGGUUUUCCAAGUAGUCAACCUAGGUUCCCUCCUCACCCUGCCUCAAGCACAUCAUCAGGCUUUCCCCCACAUCCAAACCCGCAAGUGUUUCCUCCACCUCCCUCAACAUCCAAUACAGCAGCUGCCUUUUCUCCACCCCAAAUGCCUGGCAUGCCAAGGUUUCAACCUCCUCCUCCAGUGGCUGGUUUUCCACUUCCUCCAUUAUCCAGUGGGCCCCUCCCUCCAACAUUUGGGGCUUCUCCAAACACAACAUAUGCGGGUUCACCACCUCCACUAGCAGGAGCUCCUCUUCAAAAUGUGCCAGGUUAUUCACCUAAUGUGACAAGUGAUGGCACAAUGCCCCCACAGUAUGGAAACAUGGUAUGUACAAAUUAUACUUCUGAUAAAUCAAGCUUUUUAAAUUUAAUUCAUUAACAAAGAUAUUUCUAAUAACUUGAUCUAUCAAUUAUACAGUUUAUGAAUAGUAUAUUAAAAGACCAACAUUUUUUCUGGUAUAGUUAAUAUAUAUUAUUUUACUGUUAUCUAGUGUUGAAAUUAAUUGUUAAACAAUUCCAGCCACCAGCGAGUCAAGGAGGCUAUCCACAUCCUCAAUUUGUGCAGCCCAGUUUUCAACAACCAGGGGUUGGUUAUCCUAACAAUGUAAAUGCCAUGACACAGAACUUUGGCCAGAUGGGGAUUCAAGUAAGAUAUGCGAAUGACAAUGUUAUUUCCUGAUCUUGGCGCUAAAUGUAAAAUGACUGUAUUGUUUUAGAUUUCAAAGACAGCCAUCUAUAGUUUCAAAUGAAUAUUGUGAUAAAAAGUAUAUAGGAGUUCAUUUUGAUUUUAAACCACGCCUGGUUAAACCAAAUUAUCAUUUGGGUAUCCUGAUGUAGAUGAUAUUAAAAUUAGUUUGAGGCUGAUGAAGUGUUUCAAUCACAGAAUGUCUUUAGUCUUUUUUAUCAACCAAAACAAACUCUGUUUUGAUAUGUAAAAGGAAAUUAAAAGAUAACUCACAAGUUAUUUCAUGUGAUUUAUCAAAACUUUAAAAAUAUAAUUGCAUCUGUUAUAUUUUAAAAAACGGUCUUAAAUUGUAAAUUAAUCUUUCUUUCAAUGUAAUUUUGUUAGCAGGACGCACCCAGAGCGGUUAACCUGUUAACUGAGAGACAGUUAAUACCAGCUGACGGCUUAGAAACUUCAAGACCUGUGUUACCCCAUGAUUUCAAAAAAGUCAAUUGCAGUCCAGAGUAAGUUAAUUAUUUUUAAAACUUUUUUUUUUUCGCUGAUACAAAAAUGAAAGGAAAGACGACUGAAAUCUUGUGACGACUAAAAUGCUAAUGAAGAGAAACUGAUUAUGUAAAAGCUUAAAUGAAUUAAGAUGAAGUUUGGUACAUAGGUGCUUUUAUUUGUAAGUUAUUAUUUAUUAUAAUGUUAUUAUGAUUUUAAAUUGUUGAGUGUAGCCAUAGUAACAAAAAAUACAGUGAAAACCCUAUUUUAUAUCUUAGAUGUAGCUUUACCAUAUACUAUAAAUACACUGUUUGUGCCAUUUAAAUUUAGUUAUUGAAAACAAAACUGAAAAGAAAUUUAUGGUCAUCAGCUCUAUUUUAAUUUUUUUUUAAAAACUGAUUAAUAUAUAAUACUAUAGGUUUUAAAUAUAAAUAGUAGUUAGUGAGAUUUUUGUAUUUAACAUUUCUUUUGUAACUUAUUUUGCAUGAAAGCCAUUUUCUGAAAUCUGUUCCAGUAUAUUUCGAUGCACACUGAACGCCAUCCCACAGAACUCUGCAUUGCUCAAUAAGGCCAGACUGCCACUGGGAAUCCUAAUACAUCCAUUCAGAGAUUUAUCUGUAGGUCUUUAAUUGUUUAUACAUAAGUAUUUUGUUUAGUACUCAGCAAACUGGGUUGAAAUUUUGUGGGGCAUGCAUGUUGUAGCAUAAAAUGCUCAUCUCUGAAAAAUCUUUAGCCGUUUUUCCUAUUGAACAGGAUCUUGAAUUCAAAAUUUCUGUUUUCAAGCAUUAUAUUUUUUACAGCUCUACCUUUAGAAAAAUAUUGCAUUGUAAAUUAACAAAACCAUCUAUAACCAAUUGAAUUUUCAUAAUAGCAGUUAAAUGUUUUUAAUGAGUGAUGUAUAAUUCAACUAUGUGUUAAAAAAUUGCAGGAAGAAAUAGAUGGAGUAAGUAGUUUGCUUGCUCUCUUAGCUUGGUGGUUUUGAAAACAAUGGUCUACCAUCUUUUUUCAUUACAUCAUUCAUAUUUUAUUAAUUACACAAAAAAUUGCUUACUGGACAUUUUGAAACGAAAUCUUUUGAAAGAUGCUAAUGCCUGGGAUUGAGACUAAUUAUUCAAAUGAAAUUAGGCAAUUAUUUUCUAGUCUGAAAAUCCACAUGCAUGGUGGUGGCUAGCUUUUUUAAAUGAAUCUAUUAAGUAUUAAGACUUGACGAUUAUAGAAAUUUUAUUUAUCACUUCUUUUUAUUUAAAAAAAUGUAGUAAACACUUAUUAUUUUUAGGGGGCACUUUUUUACUUAAGAUUUGUAAGUGGAAAUAUGUUAUUUCUAAAAAAUAAUGAUGAUUAGCUGAAAAGGAUGUUUUCUAAUGAAAAUUAUGCUGAAUUUGGACUGAUAAAGUUAAUAUUUUAUUAAAUUUUUAGUGGUUUAACAUAUUGAUAAAUUCCUUUGCAAGUACUGCAGACCAGUUUACCCCGACGAUUUUGCCGAAGUUACUAUGUUUUUACAGCACUAUGACAAGCCUUAAAAAAAACUAAGUUAUGUUAAAAAAAUGCAUGAAAAUGAGAUAAUGUUUUAAAAAAAGGCGCCACAACCCAUAUUUGGCUUUCUAUACUGUAAAACAUUAAAACUUAAUUUAACUAGACCAGGUUUAGAGGAUCAGGGUAUCUGGCCUUCUUGGUCUUCGAGUGAUGUCUUUUGACUUUAUAAUUUUACAGAACAAAUCAUUUUAUUUUUAUUAACAUUCUAUGUAGGCCUACAAGACAUACAAAAUGGCUAGAUUAUUUUAAUAAGAUUUUAGUGCGUUUUUUUACACGCAUUUAAAUUUAUGAUAAAAUUUACACUGGCGGACAAUAAUACUAGUGCAUGGUCCGUUUGUGUGUGUACCACCUAAAUGCGGCCUUCCAACAUGAAAAGGUCGUCCUCCCAGGCUAGACUCUAGUCUUUGUCCUAUUUUAUUUACAACCCCCCUCCCCUCCACCCUCUAAGGCCACAAUUCUUCCCUGAUUAUUCACUGUAUAUGUGUGUGUAUAUAUAUAUCUGGCCUGCACAUUGUUGUAGCCUUGAUAAAGUUGGACCUGUAGGCUACCGUAACCGGUAAUUUGUUUAAAAGAAAUUUUGUUGACGGAAAUUUGAUCGAAAGGAAAUUUUUCUUCAAAUUUCUUUUUGAACACAUCAUUUUGUUUUACUAUAUUGUAUAGUGCGUUCAAAAGAUUUAACGAAAAUUUUAACGUGUGAACUGAAAAAAAAGAUUUGAUCAAAUUUCCGUAGACAAAAUUUCUUUCAAACAAAUUUCCGUUAACCACAGGCUACAGCUAGUCCUAGCUAGGUUGUAGACACAAAUUUUGUAUUCAUUUAAUUCAUUAAUAAUUUUUUAAAUUUUAUUGUGGUUUGGAUAGCGUUGACUAAAAAUGAUUUUAAAAAAAUAAAUUUAGUAUUUUAUCAUUUAGUAUAAUAUGUGUGAAUAUUUCCAAGAUGUGCAAUGCUCUCUCAACAAAGAACACACUUAAAGAAAAUGGCAGAACAAGAACAAAUUCUAUCAUUUUCCUGAUGAAGCCAGACCCAUUUACUAUCUUGACAGAUGAUUCCAAUGAUAUUUCUGAGAAGCAGUUUUUGCUCUCCUAUACACUGUAAUGUCUUUUUGUACUAAAAUCCACCCCACUAUAUGCUUUUGCGAGAGCAUUGAGCUUGACAGAUACUGACCUCAACUAGCUCAAAUCCGCCUAUUGAUCAAGCAACUCUGUAAAGUCGGGGUCUUUUGAGCCAAACUGAGUACUAUAUCCCUAAAUUUAUGAGAGUAAAUAUUUGAUGUAAUAAAAUACAUAUUGACUAAAUAAACUUCUCUUUGGAGCUUAUGUUUUGGAGAAUUGAAAACUACUCUGACACUAACCUCUUUGUUAACUGGUCUGGUAUUUUCUUUAUUUUUUAGGUAUUGAAUCGAGGUAUUACACUUAAUACUUUUUGUGUUAUUAACUUAAAGCUGUUAAUUAAGUUGUGAAAUUAAAUUUAUUUACAGCAAUUGCCAGUGAUACAAUCAAGUGUUAUUGUAAGAUGUCGAGCAUGUAGAACAUAUAUCAAUCCCUUUGUUGUGUUCACGGAUCAAAGAAGGUGGAAGUGUAACCUUUGUUUUAGGGUUAAUGAUUGUAAGUUUAUCACAGAUGAUAUUAAUUCUUUAAUUCAGUUUCACUGCUCUUCUUUCCCCUGCUUACAAAAAAAUGAAUUAUUGAUAUUAUUAUUAACCUAUUUCAAUUUGUAAUUGAUUAUUGUAAUUUUGUUUUAAUGUGAAGCAUGCUUUUUUUUUUUUUUUUUUCUUUUUUUUUAAUUAUUUUUUUUUUUUUUUUUUUAUUUUCCCAUUUAUUUUUCUUUUUUUCUGUUUAUUUUUUUUUUUUUUUUUUUUUUUUUUUUUUUUUUUUUUUUUUUUUUAUUUGAAGUUUGUUUUUUUUUUUUUUUUUUCCUUUGAUUUACAAUGAUCUCAUAUUUUUCUUCUUAAGUACCCGAUGAAUUUUCCUUUGAUCCGGUUAGCAAAACAUAUGGUGAUCCGCAGAGGAGACCUGAGGUAAAAUCUGCUACAAUUGAAUUUAUUGCUCCUUCAGAAUAUAUGGUGAGUUUUCAUCUACACUAUACUAUACUUAAUGUUAAUGGUUUUAUCUUAUUGGUUAUCCUAUUUUUCUUCAGCAUGAUGUGAAAUUGUUUUUCAAACCUAUAAUUCUUUAAAAAAGAUUUUAUUUCUAAUUUAUUAAUCUUUUAAAACUAGAAGGCAUUUUUGUCCAUAUUUUAUAAUUAAAAUUUAUAAUAAAACUAUUUUUAAAAAUGUAUAUGUAUUCUUUCAGCUGCGCCCACCACAGCCUGCAGUUUAUCUCUUUUUACUGGAUGUGUCUUUCAAUGCUGUUAAAACUGGUGAGUUUACAUGGGUACUUAAUUGGAUAUUGUUCGUAGAAAUUUAUUAUUCUUAAGUAUUAUAUGUUCAGUGUUUCACAGACAGGGUAUUAGUAUUCGCAGAAGUGUUUAGCAUGUUAAACAUUCAAGCAACAAUAUUAUUUGAGGGCCCACGAUCGAUUUAUUGAUCAUUUUGGCUCCUAGUUUUAAUUCAGGUUAGCCUUCCAAGGCUAACAACUCCCAUCCACCCGGGGUGCUUAGGAUUUCGGCUUUAGCGAGGAGUGAACUCCAGACCACCACUAUUUGGAGUGAGUUAGUUUAGACCACUCGGCCACCCAGCACCCUGUUUAACAGAAUCCAACUCAUUUAUUUAUACUAUGUCCAACUUUAUUUCAUCUCAUCUCUGUCUGAUCGUUGAACUCCAGACCACCACUAUUUGGAGUGAGAAAGUUUAGACCACUCGGCCACCCAGCACCCAGUUUAACAGAAUCCAACUCAUUUAUUUAUACUAUGUCCAACUUUAGUUCAUCUCAUUUCUUUCUGAUCAUUCUCAUUCCGAAACAACAAAAUAAUUACCAACACUAUUAAUCCCAAUAAACUUUCUACUAGUCAGCUUCGUUCAUCGUGGAGACAAGGUCUGUCACUCAAGCCGUUAAUUUAAGAAGUCUUGCUUGCUCUACUUAUCAAUAAGUUCAAGGACUCACAAAAUAUUUGCCACUCCUUGUUUGCCUCAAAUAUUAACUUGACUUGGACAAUUUUUUGAAACAACCUCUUCCAAGUUACUCAGAAUCAAUUUAUGGAAAAUCAACUUCAUGAUUCUCUUUGCAGGUUAUCUUACACAGUUUUGUCAAAUCUUGAUUGAGGAAAUUGAUAAGCUUCCAGGAGAUAAUAGGAAAACAAUAGGCUUUUUGUGCUAUGACAAGGCUCUGUACUAUUUUAAUCUUGCUGCCGGUCUGUCACAAGCACAGAUGCUAUGUGUCCCUGAUCUCGAAGGUGACAAGACAUUUAUUAGAAUAAAGUUAUUACAAUUGAUGACAAAAUUUGGUUAAAAUGACCUUAAUUCUUUAAGUGACUCUCAUAAAAUAUAAAUUAUGAAACGUGCUUUUCAGCAAAGUCUAUCUUUUGAGUUAAUUUUUUAACAUUUCAUUUGUUUUGAUACUAUGAUAAUGAAAAUUUUGUUCAUUUUAAUUUAUCGACUUUAAAAUUAUUUUUAACUCAUUUUUAAUUAUGAAAAACUUACUGAUAAAAUAAAAAGUCUCAAAAAAUAAACUGCACAUUUUCAUUGCAUUUGAAUGUUCAAAAAAUUUUAAACGUAAAUAUUAAAAUCUAAUAAUUGUUCUUGCAGAUCCUUUUUUGCCUUGUCCUGACAACCUUCUAGUCAAUUUAAAAGAAAGCAAAGAACUGUUGAUUGAUCUACUGAACAAGCUGCCUAGUCUUUUUGAAGGAAACUAUGAAACUGGCAGUGCCUUAGGAGCAGCACUUCAGUCAGCUCACAAACUUAUGGUGAGGAGCUAGUUUUUUCUAAGUAAUUAAAAGGAGCAAAAAAUGGUAAUAGUUAUAAAUCUGAUGCGUGAUUCAAGACUACUAAAAGCUAGUAUAAGUACUUCACACAGUUUCUUUAUACUUUUAAUCAUAGUCAUCCAAAUUUGUGUAAAAUCUUGAAAAUAUCCAGAAAGUUAACUUUGUUGCUCUAAACCACUAAAAAUGUAGUAUUUGGGGAAAACUUUUAUAUUUUACCUGAUUGGAUAAUAUCAAAUGGAUCUUUUUGAUUUCUAUAACUAUCUUUUAAAUUUAAAGUCAUAAUGAUUGAAAGCUGAUCAAAUAUUUUUCAAAUAUAGUGUGUAGUACUUUCUGUGGUUUAAAUUUUGUUUCUAAAUGGUUAAAAGUGAUCAAUUUGACAUUUAAAAAAAACAACUUAAGACUUGUUUUAUUUAAUCUAGAGUCCUACCGGUGGCAGAAUAACUGUAAUGCAGACAUGCUUACCUACAGUUGGACCAGGGGCAUUAGAAAAUAGAGAUGCAUCAAGCAGUGCUGGAAAGGUAGAAUAUUUGUACAGGUUAUUUUCUUUCCUGAAAGCAUAUUCAAAAUGGUUGCAAUAAAAUUCUAACCACAUGCAACCAAUUAAUGUAUUGUUAACAUCAUCAAAUAACUUGGCUGGAGUCUAAUUAUUAAAAUAUGUUGCAGAAUGUAACUAUCAUUGGACCAGCUACAGAUUUUUAUAAGAAACUUUCUUUGGAUUGUUCAGCUCAGCAGAUAGCAGUUGAUUUAUUCAUGCUAAAUGCCCAGUAUGCAGAUAUUGCUACAUUAGGUUAGUGGAAUGUUUUCAUUUUUGCAAGUGCUUUCAUUUUCACUUGAUGUUAAACUAAUUUCAUAAAAUAUUUAGGUCUUAAAGUUCAAUAAAAUAUUUCUAACAGAUAUUUUGUCUUGGCAAUUAUGUUAUCAUUUUAGAGGACAAAAUUAACACUAUGAUAUAUAUAGUACUGUGCUUAUUUAAAUUAUUAAGAUUUAUUCAGUAAUAUAAGCUAUUUAUUUCCAGCAUGCAUCUCCAAGUUUUCAGCUGGAUGUGUUAAUUACUACCCAUCAUAUCACUCUGUGAAAAACCUCGGAAUGGUUGAUAAAUUUGAUACCGAUUUCCGACGUUAUCUGACCAGAAAAAUUGGGUUUGAAUCAGUUAUGAGAAUAAGAUGUACUAGAGGUUAGUCCUUAUUACCAGCAUGCUAAGCUUAAAUAAUAAAUAUUAAAAAAUAUACAAUGCUAUUAUUCCUAAAAAUAAACAAGCUAUUUCUAUCAACUAUCAUGGAAAUGCACCAAUAUUUUGUAUGCUAAAUAUUAUCCUUCCCUAGUGGUUAAGAUUUGAAAAAAAAAAAUUAAAUUACAAUCUAAAUGUAAUAACAGUGUAAUAGUGAUCGUUUACUUGGUCAUCAUUUACCCAUAGGUUAGAUUAUGGAAGGGGAUGAGGAGAUAAAUAACACUGUUUUAAACCUUAACUAUUAAACUAAUUUAGAUAUCAAGAAAACAGUACAAUGGAGCACAAAUACUUCUGCGUGACCACUGUGAUAAAUUCUUCAUUAUCUGUAUUAAUUCUUUUGACAGGAUUAAGCAUCCACACGUUCCAUGGUAACUUUUUUGUUAGAUCAACGGACUUAUUAUCGCUGCCUAAUAUCAACCCUGAUGCUGGAUUUGGAAUGCAGAUGUCGAUUGAGGACAACCUGCAGGAAUCAAGCACUGUCAGUUUCCAAGCUGCACUGCUUUACACCUCCAGUAAAGGUAAGAAACUUUCUUUUUUCCCACGCUUUUAACUCAUUCCCUCCUGCAUUGCUACUUCUGUAUUUAAUUUAUUUGCCUGAGAAAGGGAAGUAACUCCGUUUUGCAAUUGAUUUACAUUUGUAAAAUAUUUAUUUAAGCUGCUAAAUAUUAUUUAAUGUUAACGAAUUAAGAAUAAAUGCAACAAAGAAUGAAUAAGAAUUAAUAUAAAUAUAUUAUGAGCGGGGGAAAAAUAACGAACAAUGGCCAAAAAAUUGAUUUUCGGAACCUCGGACAAACAUGCUACAUUUAGACGCGCCGUACUAAAACACACGUAGUUUUAAAGUGAAACAAGAUAAAAACUUCCGGUUUUUAAAUUAAAAUCAUGCUGAACCAGGCCAUCACCAGAAGUCUCGAGGGAUGCGAGAUUUCAUUGCUAUUUUUAAAUAGAUAUGAGAGAGACGCAUCCGGCGAAACCCGUAAAGGACGCAUUUAGUCGCAAAUGUCGGGAAUGAGUUAAAAAGACAAACAAAAAUUAAAAUGACACAAACCAACUCAAUCCCCUUUAUUUUGGUUCAUCUUUUCAAAACCCACUCCCACAAUCCAGUCAGUAUCCUGCCAGUUCUGUAUUUAUUUUUGAAUGACAUAAAUGUGAGGUCCCCCAUAAAUAUAUACCAUUUAAACUAAAAGUCUCAGACAAGAUUUUGUCACAAAAGUUAUACUUGAGGAUUCAAUAGUUAUAUUUAAGAUAAAAUAAGGAUAAGAUAUUUUUAUUGAUCCAAUUAAAUGGAAUUGUCUUUUUCAUUCAUCGUACUAUUUUUUUCAGUCCUGAAAAUACUUGUUUUGAGUUUUUUCGUUGUUGCUUAAAUUUAGUCUGUAGCAAGACACUGGGCGUAUAAUGGUGCGGUAAGAAUAACUGUUGAGUUCUUGAGUGAGAUCAGAGUCUUGGAUUUUUGUUUUAAUGGAUUUCUCGUUUUUCCUCUCCAAGAUCAGGGACACUCCUUUUGUCUGUAGCUGAUUUGUCUUUGAAAGUUUUUUUUUUAUCUUGCCAUUUGUUUACAAGAUGGCGUCUCAAUUUUUUUACCCAUAUCGUGGAUAUGGCCUUGGUUUAUGGGAACGAUGUCCAAAAAAUCCAUGUAACCGCUUUUCUUCAUGAUAAAAAACCGUAAGAUUUAUAAACCAAAUUGUAACAUGUAUGCAUUGCUUUUGUCUUUGACUAUUGAUUUUUUGUUUGUUGUUGUUUGGAGCAUUAAAGGAAACAUUAUCUUGACUUACAUUAGGACAUAAUUAAAUUAUCUCAAUAUUUAAUUUCCAAAUGAAAAAAUUUUCAGACUUUUCUAAGAAUUCAAUUUUUUUAACCUGAACUUUAGUUUAAUCAGAAGUCUGUAGUUUAAUCAGAAGUCUGCCUGUAACCAAAUAAAAGAUAGCAUCUGACUAAAGGCUAUGUCACACUUAAUUUAUUAGUUUGAAUAAAUUUAAAUAAAAACAAUGUCAUUCCUCAACUGCUAAUAAAAAAAUUAUUUUCAGCCUAUGUGGGUUUAGUCAUUCAAUACUUAAUAUCCACAUAGCUCAUAGAGUUUUAAAAAAAAAUCUAACACCCCCGGUACAUUUAAAAAUUAGGUUAUAUACAUGGAAACAAUGUUUGUUUUAAGUCAGACAAUAUUGAUUUCACUUAGUUUCAUUAAAUACAGGAAUCAGUAUUGCUACAGAUAGCAUAUUUAACAAAGAAGUUUUUUAUGUUUACAUAAUAUCUAAAUUGCUUUCAAAUUCAUCACCUAAGUUUCUUUUUAACAACAUUUCUAUUGAUCAGUGUAAAAAAAAAACCCUCAAAAUUUGACAAGUAUUUAAAGACGUCAUUAUCAUUUAAAAAUUUCUAAAUCCAUCCAUUUAUGAAUAAAGUAAACAUGCUAGAGUGCAGGGGAAGCCAAAGAGAGAUUAUUCAUGAAUGCUCUUGAUGCUAUGCUAUAUGAAUGCUGUUUGGCAACGCAUGGUUAAAAAGGUUAAAAUGGUUAAAAUCAAUUGUCACCACUUUGCAUAAUGUGGAUAUAAAGUGUUAUCCAGCCUUGUGGCACUAUAGCCCAUGUAGGGCUUUGGCCUGCCACAUUCCACUUAGACCUAACUGAUGCUCUUCUUUUCUUUGCUUGUAUUCCCAGCUGCUGUCGAUCUUUUUCCACAUCCAUCCAUCCAUCUAAGCCUAGGUCUGCCUUUGAGCCAUUUUCCUCUGGGUUUUUGGUGGUGCACCCUGCUUGUAGUGAUGCAUCUUCUAAUUCAAUAAAAUCGUUUGAUAUAUCUUUACUACUUUUACCUAACAGUGCUAUGUCAUCAGCAUAUGCAGGAUACUGGAGGUGUUGUAAAGUGCCUAUUGGUUGGGGUCUUGGCUUUCCCUCAGAAAGUAUCCUGUCAUUGUUCCUCGUGUGUCAAUAUAUAUAUGUUUCUUAUAACUCUCUCUGUUAGGCUAAAUAGCAUUCAAGACAGUAAUUCUCCUUUUCUUAGGCCAUGUCUAAUCUGAAAUUCCCUUGAAUAAUCUCCCUUAACCUUAAUUUUGCUUUUUAACUUGUUAAAUGUUACAUGCAUCAGUCUUGUCAGUUUGUUGGGUAUACCAAACUCCUGGAGAGUCUUAUAUAGUUAUUUUCUUUUGAUGCGGUCAUAGGCCAUUUUAUAGUCCAAAUGGAGUUGAUGUACUGGGAUAAUAUAUUCUUAACAUUCACUAAUAAGCAUCUGAUGGUGAAAAUCUGAUCAGUCGUUGCUCUUUUUUGUUGAGUCCACAGUGCUAGUAACCUAGUAUUUGUUCAGUGUACGAUUUUAAUUGUAGUCUUUGGCAAUUAGUGAUGUCAGUAUUUUGUAUGUAACUUUGGAAGAAACUACUGAAGUAAUCAAUUCUAUGAAAAAUCACAAAGCUCCUGGUGAAGACCCCACUGAAGAAGAAAUUAUUAAAUAUGGAGGUAGAGGACUACAACAUCACUAAAGAAGCUCAAGAAAAUAUGGAAUGACAAAAAUAUAGCCCCCAUCACCAAAAUCAGGCUGAUGCGCUCAUUAGUCCUCUCCAUUUUCCUGUAUGCCUGCGAAUCCUGGACAUUAACAGCCGAUCUUGAAAGGAAAAUAAAGGCGAUGGAGAUGAGAGGCUUCAGAAGCAUUUUUGGCAUCUGCUUUAGGGACCAUAUCUCCAAUGAUACAGUGAAAGAAAGGGUUCGUCAGGCCAUUGGGGAAUAUGAUAAUCAACUGGUGACUGAAAAAAUGCAAACUACAAUGGUACGGCCACAUAACAAGGAAACAAGGGCUUACCAAAGAAAUAUUGCAGGGCACCACAAGAGGAGGGAGAAGAAGAGGAAGACAAAGAAAAAGAUGGGGGGAUAACAUCAAAGAGUGGACAGGACUAACACUGGGCGAUGCAGUGCGUAGUGCUGAAGACAGAGAGGAAUGGAGGAGGAUGGUUCACAUGUCAUCUGUGGCGCCCCAAUGGUCCAAGGACUAAGGGACAUUAAGAUGAAGAAGUAUGCCCUCAAAAUAUUCAGCCCACCUCUCCAAUACUUAACUAUUUGCCAUAAUUAAUUCCCAUCAUUGCUCUCACACUCUUUAAAGUGGUGUUUCCCAAUGUGGGACCCACGCCCCACAGGAGGGCAAUUUGAUUGUUCAGGGGAGUGAUUGGAAAAUGAUCUGCCUAGGAUUUGAAAACCAACCGACUGCUAUGAUUUAACUUGUAUUUUGAAAAAAGAGCAACAUUAAAGUCUCUAUUUACUGCAACUGUCAUUCGUAAUCUAAAGGCUAGUUAUGAAAAUUCCUUCCUAAAUCUGGGAAAAAUCAUACUAUAGGAGAGAAUUGAUCAAACCAUCAAUACCGGGUAUCAGCAUUUCUUAAAAUGGUUGUGGAAAAAGAAGACGAAGACAUGAAUAUGAAAGCUGUGCCACUCAGUAACAAUAGUGUUAGCAGAAGAAUAAAGGAAAUGAGUGAAGAAAUUGAAAUACAACUUAUUAGAAAAAAUGAAAACAAGAAAAUUCUCAGUGCAAAUGGAUGAAUAAACUUUUAGAGACAGUAAGGCUGUAUUGAUAACUUACAUAAGAUAUAAAGGGUAUUUUGCUGAAGAAAUGUUGUUCUGUAAAUCAUUUUAAGCACCGCUGCUGCCAAAGAAAUAUUGUAUAUUAAGCUAAAAAAUUACUUAGAUGUCAAUAAUAUACCAAUGAUAAAUAUAACAUCUGGUGCUGCAGAUGGUGCUCCUAAUAAAAUGGGCAAGAAAAAUGGCUGCUUAAAAUUGAUGAAAGAUGAGAAUCUAGAAAUGCUACUUCUGCAUUGUGUUAUUCAUAGGGAAAACUUAGGAGCUAAAAACAUUUUUCCUGUUCUAAAUGAAGGGCUGAAUUCAGUUAUAAAGUGUAUCAAUGCUAUUAAAGCUGAUGCCAAAUGUGAACGUCUCUUCUAGUUAUUUUGGGAAGAGCAAAAUGCAGACUAUGUGACAAUUUUACCUCACACUGAAAUAAGAUAGCUUUCGAAAGGGCAUUGCUUGAAAAGAUUUAUGGAACUGUUUGAAACUCUUGCGAUUUUUUUACCUGAUAUGAAGUAUCUUUUACGGUCUAUGGUAACGCAUUUGUGAGUUAUUAAGCUAAUAUCUUUGAAAAAAUAAAUAUUUUAAUUUUAGAAAGGCUUAGGUUGGGGCAUGGCACAAGAAAGGUUGGGAAACACUGCUCUAAAGUGUUACAAAGAUUAAUAUGGUCAUAUGAUUAAAUGAGUUGUGCAGGCCGUUACUAAAUUAUAAUUAUUCUUUACUAUCUUGAAUUAGGGGAACGAAGGAUUCGUGUCCAUACUUUAUGUGUGCCUGUGACCAAUCAGCUUAGUGAAGUCUUCGCAUGUGCUGAUCAGUUGGCUGUAGCUUCACUGCUAUCAAAGAUGGGUAAAUGCAUUUUUUAUUUUAACUUAAUAUUUAUUAAUAUGUAUAUAUAAAGUAUGCAGGUCUUUUUAAAUUUAUUGUGAUUUUUAAAAAUGUAAUUGCAAAGCUAUUUAUCAUUAGAAAAAAUAUUUAAUUAGGUAAGUACCCUAGAUUAAGAAUGGUUUCCCCAAGUUUUAAUGGUAAAUUUAUAUGUUUAUUUAAGUUGAGUGUUUUGUAAUUUUUUUAAUUCAGCUGUGGAUCGAUCAUUGAAUUCAGCAAUUAGUGACGCCAGAGAUGCCAUGAUGAAUGCAUCACUGGACGCUUUAUCUGCCUAUGCUCAGCAGAUCCCUGCCUCUCAAAGAGUUGGUGCUUUGUUAGCACCACACUCGCUGCGGUUGAUGCCAAUGUUUAUGUUAGCCAUGUUGAAGAGUGUAAGUUUACUACUUUAUUCAUUUCAACAAUUGCUUUUUUAAAAUUAAAUCUGUAUUUAUAUUUCAAUUUUUGAGAAUUAGUUGUUAUAUAUACUAGUAUCAAUGAUUUUUUUUAUUUUAAUAGGUUGCAUUUGCACUUGCUGGAAACCCUAAGGUGGAUGAUAGGGUCUUUGCAAUGCAGCAGUUCAAAGUGAUGCCUCUUUGCUACUUGAUCCAAAAUUUGUAUCCACAUCUCUAUCCUUUGCUUAAACUUAAUGAGGAGGUACACAUAAUUUUUCCUUUGUUGAAAGUGCACAUAUAUUUUUAGUUAAAAGUUUAAAAGUUAAACAGUGUCUACUAUUACUAUUAAGAUACCAAGUUUAAAAUUUUCAUUUUAUUCACUUAAUAAUAUAAAUUCAUUAUGAUGCAUAAUUUAAUAUCAUAAGUAACUUAUUCCCUCCAUCUGGGAGAUUUCUGCACUUAAUCCAUUUUCUCCGUUUUUCAAUUGAUUUAUAUUUGUAAAACAUUUGUAGUUUCUAAUCUAAAUAUUGAUUAAUUUUAACAAAUUAAGAAUUCUAAUCAGUACAUGUUAGAUAUAAGAAAAAACAUAACAAGCCUUUAGAUUAAAAAUGACAUGAGAUUAAAAACUUACAUUUUUCUUAAUUGAAAUCACACUAUCUCUGGGGACAUAAUUGCAUGGCUAUUUUUAAAUACCAUGAGAGAGGUUGUCAGGAUGCAUCAUUCAUGACACCCUCCCCCUCUCCCAAGACAAAUUUAGCCACAACUGUAGAAAAUGAGUUGAACUCAUUCUAUAAUAUAUAUAAGGUGGAUGUUUAGGCUAGCUGCUAGAAUACUGACAGUGACAUGAAAUCUUCUGGUCAAGUGGGACUUUGCAAUUUUCAAAAUAAUAUUUAUACUUAUUCAAACUAACGGGUAUUUAUAUUUUUAUUUCUGUAGAAAGUCAUUAAACAUGGGGAUGAAGAGAUUCCAAGUGCACCUCUGUUGCAGCUGUCAUCAGCUAAUAUAGAUAGAACAGGUUUGUUCUUAAUGGAUACAGGUGAUGCCAUGUACUUGCUGGUGGGAAGCAGUGUUGGUGAUCAAAUUUGUCAGGAUGUCUUUAAUAAGCCUAACUUCAUGUCAAUUCCUGAUGGCAUAGUGAGUUUCCUUGAAAUAUUUUUUAAAGUUUAUUUUAUGUUGUUUACUUUUAUCAUUGAGCAACACCUAAAAAAUACUCUCUAGGGUAUAAAUAAAAAUGUAUGAUGAACAUAUCAUCCUAUUUUGCUUAAAAACAUUUGAUUAGUCACUUUAGACCAAGCUAAAAUUUAAAGGUUUCUGUAAAUUUUAGAUGGACUUACCUGAACUUGAGAACCAAACAUCAGAGAACAUUAGAAGUUUCAUCAACUAUUUAAUGGAUUCUAGACCAAAUGGAGUUGUGUUUCUUGUUGUCAGGUGAGUGAAGGGCUAUGAAAUAACUCAUUUUUUAAUAAGUUUACAAACUCACAAUGGGAAGGGUGGUAAUCCUUAAAUUUAAAAUGUACUGGAUGCCAGGUUUAGCUAUUUACUUUCAUGUAACUUAUGUGAUAAAAUAUAUUUUUUGUCUAAAAUGCACCUAUACUUUCACAUUUUUUCAGAGAUGAUAGUAAAAACAGACAUCUUUUCUUCCAGCAUAUGCUGGAGGACCGCUCAGAGAACAGCAUGUCCUAUUAUGAGUUUUUGCAGUUUCUGCAAGGCAAAGCAAAACCUUGAUUAGGAUUAUACUCUAAGAAUGACAUAAUUUUUCUUUCAAAAUCAGCUUACUUUCAACAGGAUUUGCGAUUGGUACUAAUAUAAUGACCUUUCCUGCUAUGAGAGGCAAAAUGUUUUAUUAGUGUACAUUAUAUGAUUGCCACAUUGAUUGUACAGCAAAUAUUUAGUUAUUUAUUGUUUCCUGUUUCUGUCCCUUAUUUGUUUUCAGCAUUGUGAUACUCUAUAAAGUGUGAAUUCUAUUUUAUUUCUAUAUAUAUAUAUAUAUAUACAGUAUCUUGACUUUCUUUUAAUCCCUAGAACAAGUUUGUUUUGUGUCAUUCUUUUCGAUUCCUUUGUUUUCAUAUCUGUGUGUAUGUGGCAGUUAUAAAAUUUCUGUAACUCAUAACAUGUGUAGUGCGUGAAAGGGAUAUUUUGUCUGCCCAUUUUGUCAUGCAGUAUGUUAGUUAAAAUUAUUUUUAUCUUGAUUCUAUUAUGCAUUCGCUAUUGAUUGUCAAGAUGUGAGUGUUGUGCUGAAAAUGCAAUUUCUUUAGGUUGUGUGCACGUAUCAUCACUUAUUUGAAAAUAAAUGGGCCAAAAGUAUUUCUCAUCUUAAACUCAUUAUUUUUUAAUUUCAUUAUAAAUUAUAUUGAGCUUGAUUGAUGAUUCAUACUCAUACAAUGCUAUAAACAGAUUUAUGCUUGUAUGUUAUUUAUUCUACCUUUUUUCCUUUGGCGCUUAAUAGCAACCACAGAUUAGUCAGAAGCAUUGUAAUCAUAUUUAUGUCAGACAAUGUGUUGUUCAGUAUCACAUAUUAAGCUAACAGAUUUUUAAUGUCAUCAUGGUUUAAGAUUUUAUUUUUAUGCAGGACUUAAUUAGAUCAAUAAAAAUAACAUAAAUAAAUUAUUUAUUUUUUUGCUCUAAAAAAAAAUCAGAUUUAAUUUUGUGGUAAUAGCUUAUAUUAUAAAUAAUGAAGUAUAUGAAGUAAAAUAACAGAGGAUAGGUCUUCCUAUACUCCAUCUCAGUCAUUUAAAAGAAAACCUGUGCAGACAUACAGUCUUUAUAAAUUUAUUAUAGAUUGAAUGCUUAUCUGUGGAUGAUGUGACCCAGCUCUGCAUAGAGUGCUUAACUUUGUAGCUAAGUAACACAAUCUCUCAACAUAACAAGCAGAGAUUGUGUAUUUGGGAACAUGUAAAGCUAUGAGCAUUUACUGUACAUAAUUAUGGAUGCAAUAUUCCUCAUGACAGUUAUUCUUUAAGGCCAUUUGGUACUGUUAUGUAAAAUAUAUUAACAAUCAGCUUUAAUAACUGAAAGAGGUUUCCAGUGCCUCUUUUUAAUAUUAAUGGGUCUAAAACAUACCUCACUAACAUUUUUUUAAAUGGUUAAUGGGUUAUCUGUUCUUACUGGGACUUCAUUUGACCUUGAUUAAUGAAUUUGUUGCUAUAGUUACCCAUGCUGGUACUUUGUGAAUCACAAGCCUCAUGACAGUUUCAAAAUGUGAUCUUGAAAAAUUUAAACUAUGGCUUACUACUGACUCACAUUCAAAUACUGUAUUUAGAAUGGAAGGGUGUUGGUAAUUUGCUAUUUUGAUAAACUAUAGUCAACACAAGGGAACAAAGUUUUCAAGGGUUAUGAGAUGGGUUAAAAAAUUGUACUAGUAAAGUUCUAGUUUUAAAAAAAAAAUAACAAUCCACAUAUACUCUUACACUGUCCUGCUUGUAGAGCCCAAUAUGUGUUGUAUUUAACAAAUGCCAAAGCCAUCUAUAUAAUUUUGUUUCUGAAAAUACAUAUUACUUUGGUAAAUCAGACUUGCUACCAAACUGUACAUGCCAUAAUUAAUAAGUUAUAACUUGUCAGUAUUUAAUUUUUUUUGUUUUGUAAUUUCAGAACAUUGACUUCAAGUCAGUAUUGAAAUGGAUUGUAUAAUAUUUGAGGUGUGAUAUUUGCAAUAAUUCGUAUAGACCUUAAAUGUUGAUAUUGUAUUUCUGUUGUGAAAUCAGUCUAAGCAUACAAUUUUGCAAAGUGAGCAUGAAAUUGUAGUGAUGGAAUCGAUUAACCUUUGAUGCUUAAGGAUAAUAAACAGAAUGACAGAUACUUAAUGUGAAUCAACAGAUUCUGUCGAGUACGAUUGUUAAAUAUUUUAACAAGUUGCCCUUAUUCCCUUAAUAGGAAGGGAAAAUUAGUUUUUGUGCAUUUUUUACCUAAAUUAAAUGCGCACAAAAUAAUGUUGUAUAUAUUAUAUAUUGUCUGCGGUGAUGGUUGGAGACUCAUUCACCUUCUUGGAGCCUCAUUCACCUUCGUAGAAUACACAAUCCUCAAAUGUGAACCUUUUUUUGUGUGCAUCAUUUCCUUUAGUGUUUAUUUUGUAUGAUAGUGGGCAAAAGAAGGAUAUAAAUGAAAAUGGGAGAAAGCAAUAUAAAAACCAAAUUCUUUACACUUGUUGGUAACUUAAAACUGAUCAACAGUUUGAAAGAUUUGUUUUUAAAAUUUCCAAUUGUUAAUUUUUCCCCCUUGCACAUGAUUUUGAUGGCUAUGUCUCUUUGGCAGUGAGACUUGCUGUUCCUUAUUACAAAAAUAAGUUACAAAUAAAUUGAGGAAUAAAAGGAUAGCAUAAAAAUGCAUUGUUCUGUUCAAGAUGUUACAUUAAUAAUUUUUUACAAAGUAAUUAAUAUUAAGGUUUGUCCACAAAGUACUGCAGCAAAUAUCCACGUUUUCCACUAUUUCCCCCUUGCCUGUAUAUGGCUGAUAUACAGUUUUCCAUAUAUGAUCAAAUCCCCGUCCUUGCUGAGGACCCAUUUGUGAAAACAGAUCAAUAUUAUAAAUUUAAACUAAAUUACAUUCUUAUAAUUAUAAGGGCUAGGAAAACU